AUGGUGCCCAUGUCGCUCAUCAAGAGGUUGCUACGAACCAAGUUCUCGCUCACGUCUGGGGACACGCUUGUCUUCCUAGUGCCUGACAUCGUCAAGAUGCGCCGCAGUCAGCGAACUGUGUCAGCUGCUGCUGUUGUUACUAUGACCACAUCUGCGUGUACUGCCACAUCUGUCAGUGCCACUUCAUGUGCUGCCACAUCUGGCAACGCCACUUCGUGUGCUGCCACAUCUGGCAACGCCACUUCAUGUGCUGCCACAUCUGUCGGUGCCACCAGCGCUGCCACUUUAUGUGGUCACGCAUCUGUCAAUGCCAUCAGCGUUGCCACUUCAUGUCGUGCCACAUCUGUCGACGCCAUAAGCACUUCCACAUUUGUCAAUGCCAUCAGCGCUGCCACUUCAUGUGCUGCCACAUCUGUUAAUGCCACUACUGUUACUACAUCUGCAUGUGCCACCAGCUCACUCACUUCAGCAACAACAUCCAGUGCUGCUGCUACGUUUGCUUCUAUUUCAAAUACGACGUCUGCUCCAGUAACGUCCCAUAGUAUUUCUACUCCACUUUCCGGGGCCGUUUCUAUCAGUAAUAUUUCAACUGAUGGCACAAUCGCUACUACUACUACUACUUCAUCUCCUGGAAAUACUUCUACUUUAGCACAACGUACAACUUCUGAUAUUGCCGCCUCUUCUACCAGCAUUGCUACAACUCUCGCUCCAGACACCGCAACAACUGAUUCACUUAAAACAGAGUGGUCCAUUUCUACCACUUGUAAGCUCUAUCAAGGUUCAGAUGCAACUGUGGUGAAUGGGGAAGCAACUAUGAACUGUGUUUCAAAAGAGUCACAUAAUAAAGCGACUACACCCACACUUGUUCCAUCAACUGCAGCAUCAACCUUACCAAUUCUUCGCACUUCAAAUGCAACUGUUUCAGUAAACCGCUCCUCUCUUGACGAGAAAAAAUCAACGCUGAACCAGCAAUCUCUUCUUGGCUCGUUUGAUGAAUCCAAAAUUAAUGUUCCCAGUGACGAUUGUGUUCCCAGUUUUUCUGCGGGGGCUCCAAAGGUUGUAGUAAAUCAACCAAAUGUUAAUGGAAAAAGUUUAUUGAUGAAUAGUAACUUCUCUGGGUCUCAGCCAUCUUCAGAUUUCAAAAUGGGAAAUCCAGCUGCAGCAAGCGUCGUGGACGAAGUAAGGUCUAAAUUCUCUGGGUCUCAACCAUCCUCAGAUUUCAAAAUGGGAAAUCCAGCUGCAGCUAGCGUCGUGAACGAAGUAAGAUCUAAAUUCUUUGGGUCUCAGCCAUCUUCAGAUUUCAAAAUCGGAAAUCUAGCUGCAGCAAGCGUCGUGGACGAAGUAAGAUCUGCGGCAAAUAAAAAAGUCGUAGAGUCUCAUGAAGUUUCUCCUCGUGAUGAAGACAGUGAAGGAGCUAGCCUGUAUCCUGGACUGUUGCUGCUGGACUCAGAGACUGUCAGAGACGUGGCAUACUUGCAGGACUGGGACGAGAGCACACCAGUCACCAUCUUUUUCAAGAUAGUGCACCACACAAGUCGACGCUUGUGUCACCGUGAUGCCGUAGUGAUGAAUAAAGAAGAUUUGCUCUCCAUCCCAUCCUCUCUGGUAAGUGAAGUGCGAAACUCAGUGCAAUUUGAACCCAAACCGAUGCCAGUGAUUCAAACGGAACCUGAAGAGGCCAGUGACCACAAAAUGUCAACGGCACCCCAAGAAAACAACGAUAUUGAAAUGAAGGAGUGCCUUAAUUUGACUUCAUCAAGCACUAACAUUGAGAAGCCUUUUUCUGAUAGCAAAAUAUGCACAAAUAAGAUCCAUGUGCCGUCUUCUGCUGUUUCAAUUCUACCGAAACCUGAGGAACAACAACCUGCUUCUACUGAUGAUGCUCUUCACAAGUGGCGCGUUGUUCAAUCUCAACAACUGCAAAAACAUGAAAAAUCUGAACCUGUUACAUCUAAAGCGAAAGGAGCCACUAUUCUCCCUUUCGGUGUCCCCUUCGCGCAACCUGGAGGCGGACUGUUCUGCUUGGGCGCGAGUAAUGACAUCGUCACUAGUGAUCCAUCUCUCCCUCCUCUGACCAUCGUGCCUGUUAGCUCAGACUCUGGUGGUUCUUUUGAACCCGUUUCUACCGUGAGUAAAAAUCCGCCUAGCUCGAGUGCAAUGACUCUGGAAGAUUGUCUCAACAUUGCAGGAGUUACUUCAGUUAUCAGUCCUACUGCUUCAACCCCUGAGUACGAUUCUUCGUGUAGUACCGCUUCAUCAGUAGCGACUUCCAAUCCUGGUCCUAAUAUUUCUAGUUCAGGUGCGGUAUUGACGUUAGAUUUCGCUGCUCCAGGCUUGCCGUCUAAUGGAUCGUGUAACUCCCAUUCUGUGCACGGUUCGCCUGAAUUUUCGUUGUCGGCGUCGGGGUUUAAAUCCAUAUCAACUGAUCCGCAGGCAGGCAAAGUUGCUGCACCAAACGGAGGGGAUAGGGUUGAUGUCGGCGCAUCAUCUACGGCUACAAAUUCAUCGUUGACCGAACCGCCGGACUGGAAAGAAGUUCAGCUGAAGAUCAGUGAGACUGGAAUAAUGAGUGUUUCCGCCGGCGAUGAUCAAAACAAUGUCAUGGAGAGCCUCCUGAACCAAGUUGAAUCCGAGUCUUCGCAGCGGUUGCUCUCAUCCAUUGAAACUGAACCAGGUACUUCCUCUAAUACCGUCGAGAUAUCGGUUCUACCCACAUCUGCAGCUAACAAAGCACCAUGUGAAGUCUCUUCAUCCAUGUCCAUGAUUAAACCUGAUACAAGUGAAGUUUCCCCAAAACUUAGCAUUCAGUCUUCAGUAGAUUCAAAUCAGUCUUGCAUUUCUUGCGACGAUCCACAGCCGGUAUCAACUAUAGCAGUUUCAACAUCAGCUUCCCCUAUUGUUGCUUUAACAAUGCCCUGUAAAACUGAAUCGACUAAGGCUAUAACUUCCUCGGUCAAAUCUUCAGAGUUUUUGCACUCGCUUACCCAUAGUAAGCUUGCAAAUACCGAGAGUAUUUUGGAGUCUAGCCAAAAACUAAUAUCGUCUCCGAGUGACCGAAGUUGCAUAAAAAAUUCCAAAAGUGAUGAAAUGUUAGUCGACAAAUUGAUUGAUACUCCCCACAAAGAACUUCCUGGAAAGACGCCAGAUUUUCUUUCACCUGUGAAAUAUGUGAACAUUUCAGAUGGAUCUGCAUGUGCCACAAAAGACGAUCUGAGCGAUGACGAACUUCCGCCUCUCAGAGUUUGUGAAAAUUUCAAGAGGAAGAACACAGACGAGUGUAGUGAUGGAUAUGCCAAGAAGCCAAAAGUUGAAACUUCCAACAGCACUUCAGUAGUGUGUGCUUUACCUUUCAGUAGCCCAGCCGAUAGUAAUGAAGAGCGACCAGUUCUUAAUCGGAAGACCUCGAAAUUGAAGGAAAUUGCCGAGAAGCAGCGCUCUUUGUUCAAUAAAAGCAGUGAAAAUCUUAAGAAAGAUGCACGGUUUGUCGAUAAAAAUGGAAUUCCUAUUGACGUUAAAAGUCGACAUGUCCCGCUUGAUGUCGCAGCUGCAACCAUAACAGCAAAUCUGAAAAAUCUUUCUAAGCUCUCAACCAAUGCCCCGUUAUCGCCCACUGUUGGGCCUGGCUCCAGAAAAGUAGAAGUCAAGACGGACUGUGAAAGACCUGGGCGCAAAUCUCAUUCUACUGGCUACAAAACAUUGAAUACUUCACCCAAGGGCUGGAACCCCACUAUUUCUAAGGAACAGUUCCAGUUGGGUGUCAGCAAUGCUGGUUUGUCACCAAAAACGAAUAAGUUUUUCAAAGCUCGGAACGCUCCGCGGAUCCUUUCACCUUCGUCUUUAGGUGUUCUGAAGACAUGUGUACCACAUCCCGUUGUAGAUGCCACUAGCAGCGCUACGCCUGUAAAACCGAAAUGCAAAAAAACAGUUUCCUCAAAACUUUUAGCUGAAAAUAAUAUUAAACCCGAGUCAGGCGCCUCUAUUCUUGUCAACGACCAAGCAUUGAAGAAAAAUGAUAUAUCCUUUGCUCAGCUCGGUGCAUCUUCGCCCAAAUUGACGACUUGUUCCUCCAUCGUAGGAACUUUAAUUGCACCUUCUGAGAGUUCAGUUACGUCACUGCGUAGGGGUUCGACAUCCAUUACUCCUAAACAUUCUAAGGUUCUUGCGCAAGGUUCCAGCGAGCCAUCUUCAUCAACGGCGUCUCUGUGCACCACUUCUAAAUCUACUGUACAACCGCUGAAGCCUUCGGGAAGCUUUUCACCUAAAACCCCUUUGGCCUCCUCUGCUCCUGCCACACUUACUAUAACUUCGUCUCUACAAACGUCAGCCCUUUCAAUGAAACCUCUUGUUGUUACUUCAACUUUUUCACACUCAAUAACACCUCCCGAGACACUUCAACACUCAAAGAAAUGUCCACGUUCCUCAUCUAAGUCUGCGAACUCUCCAUCUUUAGAGGAGACCAAUUCAUCUCAGAGCUCCAAGCCUUCAGAAGUUUUGAAGUUACAGUCAGCUUCUGGUGCCUCCACAUCGAAGCGUUCAGAGCCGCCAACAUCGGAGACAAAACCGAGGAGUGGAAUUAACCACGUCGAAUCUGACAAUAAUCCGAUUUUGAACGAAUCUUCGACCCUGUCUGUACCAUUGCCUCCUUCGAAAAUUAAUAAAGCUGUGGCAGACUCAGGCCCUAUUGCUCGCUGCUUGCGUUCAUUCCACAAGAAAUUGGAAGCAGCUAAACAAAUGGAAAAGUCCUCGUUGGGAAUAAAAUCUGAAUCAGAUGUUGGUAACUUCAACAAUAAAAACUCGAUGAUUAACGUUGGACGCAAUUGUAAAACUGAUGUGGAUUUACCAAAUGCUAGCAUUGAUAUUCCUAGUAAAGCGCUGAAAACUUCAGCGUCACACGUUUCUCCUCAUAAAACAUCUACAGGAAAAGUGUGUUCCACUGAUGAUUCGGUAGCCGAAGCUGGUUCGAAGCCUCCUCUUUCAGCUGGAAAUCAAUGUGCCUCGAGCAUUGUUGCUUCUGAAAGUGACAAGUCUCAAGUCAUGGUGCCUUUGCCUUGUGAUAAUGAUGACAAUAUUGGUAACGAGAAUGUCAAACCCGCUGCAUCAUCGCGUUCAGUAACUGUUUUGGCAGUAGGAAGCGCCUCGAAAUCCAAUUCUAGCGUAGUUAGUGCAUCAUCUGUUGCUGAUAUCUCGCCAACUACACCGAGCGUUGUUAGUGCCUUGUCUGUUGAUAAUACCUCUACAUCCACUACGAGCGUUGUUAAUGCCUUGUCUGUUGCUAAUACUUCUACAUCCACUACGAGCGUUGAUAGUGCAUUGUCUGUUGAUAAUACCUCGCCGACGAAUUCGAGCGUUGUUAGUGACUCUUCUGUUACUAAUACCCCUACAUCCACUUCGAGCGUAGCAAGUGCCUUGUCUGUUGCUAAUACCUCUACAUCCACUUCAGGCGUAGUUAGUGCCUUGUCUGUUGUUGAUACCUCUACAUCCACUUCAGGCGUAGUUAGUGCCUUGUCUGUUGUUAAUACCUCUACAUCCACUUCGAGCCUAGUAAGUGCCUCUAUUACUUCUAAACAUCUCGUUAAAAAUGUAGCGCCAGUUGUAGAAUUAUCAUCAAACAAGAUUAACUUUUCAAGAAAUGGUAAUGACAGUAUAUCUUCAACUUUAUCCACCGAUCCAACCAUCUCAACCGUCACCUCGCUCUCAGUAAAGUCAUUACACCCUGCCGCUCCGUCAAACAGUCUCGGCACGAUUUCAGUCAUGCCUGUUGAAUCGUCUGUAUUAACCAGCAGUGUUGUGGCACAAAAAGAAGUGCCUGAAUUUGGUGAAAACGUUUCGGACAUUUCUUCCUGUAGCAUUGAAAAGUCAAAAGCUUUGCAUGAAUCGGUAAAUACGCUUUUCAAUAUUUCAAAGCUGGAUAAAUCUUCAGUCCCCAAUCCUGUCCAGCUACCUAGCGCCACAACGAAUGAUACGGGCCGGAAGUUGUCAAACAUUUGUAUGCCUGAGCCUGAUACCGACCAGGUGAAUGUUAAAAGUCGUGCUUCUUGUAGUUCGCCUUCGAAAAUCAAUCGUAAUGCUAACCGUCCUGCUGUUAGUGAUAAGGAUGUUAGUAGUACUCCACAACCAAAUUUUGGCUCCUCGGAGAAUUCUUUCUCAUCUUUGUUACUCACCGAUAAAGUUUCUAGUGAGCAGUGCCAAACAAAGUCAGUGUCGGUAGAGUCCAACACUAAUAUUAUUGAAGAAUCGAAAAUUGGGCCUUCCGAUUCAGUUAAUAAAAUUCAAGCAAACCUAGGUUCUAAAUCUGUUCAAGAGAGCAAAAAGUCGUGUGUUGCCCCUAGUAGUAGUUCUUCUGCGAGUUCUCAGUCAACUCACUUGAUGGUGCCAUCUGUCCCUUUGGUGCCCAACAGAGGCUUCGCACACCAAAACAUUAAUAUUGGAAACUUUAAGCCUAAAGAUUCUAAGGAAAAUGCUGUUGCAAAUACCACCAUUACUUCCAGUUCAAGGAAAACUGAAACUCUAACUACCACUGGUCUUAUGAGCUCAAAUGUGGCUCAAAAAGCUUCAUCAAUGUCUGAAAACCGUAUUGGUACUUUAGUUACAGUUGAGAAAAGUAAAGUACCGCUACCAAAGGUAUCAGCAAAUUUUAAUGAACACAAAUCUGUUUCUUCUUCUCAAUUAACCAUAGAAGCUUGUAGUUCGGUUGCCAGUACAGAUAAACCUGCAGAAAAUGCAUCAACAAGAACUGACACUCCCAACACGACACAAACCAAUGACAACCCAUUCUCUCAUAUUAAUUCCAACUAUUACAUGCCCUAUUCGUUCUACCCUAGUGGACUAUCAUCCCAGAUGAAUAGUUCCUAUCCUUACUUCGGUUCCUCGUUUCCAUACUAUAAUCAAAGCUUAACUAAUAAUAGUGAUGAUAACAGUUCUUGUGCUCCAAAUUCUACUUCCGAUGAGAACACAUCGUGUAGGGUAACAGACAGACGGCAAGCUUCUCCGUGGAGUUCCGCCAACUAUGGAAAUCUGUAUGGAAGCAGCAACCAAGUGAAAGUAACCAAUUCCAGUUCCUUAAUUCCCUCUCACUCAAGCCCAAACCAGAACUUUCCUCCUGUGACUUCACUCAAUACAUCGCCUAAUUUCCAAGACUCCACUACACUUACGAGUUCGACGACCUCAUCCGCAAUGCUCGAGACUUCCAAUACCGCGUGUCUUGCAAAGAAUAAAAAUUUGAAUGCUGCUGUUACAUCGCGUGUUCCAAGCAACACAUCUUCCAGUUGCCUUCACGAAACGAAUUCAUCUGCGACCAUCAAUUUCUCAGCAUGCUCAUUAAAAUCCUCUGUGGUAUCUUCUGCUUUAUCUAGUCCUCCUAAAGCCAGCUUGCCUUUGGUUUAUUCACCUAAUAUACCAUCGGCUCAGACCCUUGGCCUGUCUUCUUCAAGUGGUCUUACUUCUAUCAGUAAUAAUUCUCCUGCGACACGCAGCUCGACAGGUGUUGACAGCAGCUUGGCACAUGUGCGUUCAACUAAGCUGGACAGAACACAUGAACAUUACAAGUCAAGUUCACCGUACAGCUCAGAUUCUGCUGAAGGGCUUGCAUCCGGUGGAUCUGGAAGCGCCAAGGAGAAUUCCAAAAGAACUAUGAAACCUAAUUCCGGAAGCAUUGCGAAGAAACCUGCGAAUGCUUCUUCAAGUAAGAGCACAGCCUGUAAUACAUCAAGUCUCGACCCCCACAGUCAAAUGUUACAAAACUACCCCAUGCUAAAUUCUUCAUCGUAUGCAUUGUCGAACUUCAUGUCGCAAAACGCUUUUCAACAAACAACUCCAAAUUUCUUUGAUCCGUUCUCAGCAUACGGGCUUUCUCGGAGUAUUGGCAGUAGCUCCAGUCAAACUAGCGGUGCAUCGUUGGGAAACAAUUAUGCUGAUUUUCACAAUACAUCCAACAGAGCAUCAGACGUGAGUAAUUAUGACUACACUGGAGGUUGUUCUACCCCUAAAACGUGCUCCGAUACCAGAGUUACACCUCAGUAUCACUCGUAUAAUAGCGCUGGAUAUUUCAAUUCGUCGGCUUCUUCUCCCAAUCAUCAUGAUUCAUCGAAUACCAUGAACGCAAUGGCUUUGAAUGCUUACUUAUCCAAUAUAAAUAAUUCCCAUUCCUAUCCCGGUUAUGCCAUGACAAAUUUCCCCUACUUCAUGUCCAAUUCUUUUUCUAUGAACAUGAUGCAGUCAAGCUGGAAUUCACUUCAGCUAGCUAAAGGCUCGGGCAGCAUGUCUAACUCACUAGAUAGUAGUCAGUAUGGAAAUUCUAGUGCGAACUCCUAUCCCAGCUUCUAUUACAACCAGAAUAUGGGAUAUCCUUCAGGCUCAUUUAUGGGAAACGCUGGUUCAUAUAACAACUACCCCUAUUUUUCCAUGUCUCAUCUAAGCCACUUAUCUGGUGGAACUCAAUCGACUCCAAAGACUACUCAAGCUUCUCCAAGUCAUAAUCUUCAUACUACUCCAUCUAACUCAGCUUCCCUGAAGAUGAACGUUAAAUCGUCUACUCCGGGAAAUGUCAAGUCUACCAGCUCUCCAGUUCAAACUUCAAUUUCGUCAGAUUUGCGUUCUAAUUCGAUAACCAAACAGAAACGCCCACCAAAUAUUACAGCCACUGAAAGCCAUUCAACUCCUGUGGGAUCUUAUGAAUUACAUACGCAAUGUUCUUCAGCAACUCCUCUUAGUUCAUCUUUGUUGUCUACAAAAUCCCGUCCUACAGACAUUUCUCAAUCUUCCGUACCCGCACAUGGCCAGCUGAAAGCCCAAUCUUCCAGCUGUAAAGCAUCUGACAUACAAACUGUUACCGACGUUCUCUCAAGCUUAGCUUCGUUGGCUCCGUCAAUUGAUGCGAAAAACGUGUUCUUGGAGUGCAAUAGUCGAAUCUCAUCAGUUUCCCCUGCAACUCUGUCAGUGCAGACUAAGCAGGACGACCCCUCUGAAAUUUCUCCUCCUAUGGCUGUUCCAGUUUCCAGAUCUGGGUCAUCAUCAAAACGAAUAGGAAAGACUGAAUCGGUUGCAAAAGUAAGCGAAAAUAAGUGUGGAUCAGUGACUGAUUCUCCCAGAAAAUCGGACACUUCGAGGGGAGAUGACACAAAGUCGCUUACUUCAGACAUGACUUCAGCCAGAGAGGAAUUUCGCAAGUCAUUAGAUUCUGAGAAAACAAGUAUCGAGGUUUCUGGGGCUUCAUUGAACACCCAUUGCGCAUCGCUUAAAAAUGCUAUUAAAGAUUGUGAAUCUCGCCAAACUUCAAGAAAAAAUUCAUUUGGGGAUGAUCGAAAUGACAAAGUAGUGGACGGGUCAUCUUCAGUAUCCAAUUCCCAACUGGCAUCUGAGCCAACUUCUGCAUCGUGUUCAAAAUCAACCUAAUCCGAACACCACCCCUAACAAAAUUCGGGAACGCCUAUGCUUCGACCGAGUAGUCACUACACUCUGCGCAAAGUUAUUCUGGGUUUGCUUGGCCACCCGAUUGAAAUUAGUUUCUUGUCAGAAUCUCCUAUCUGACUUUAUAGUCGCCUGAGAGUAUGACGAGGGUUGGCCGAGCUAGGAAACUGCCCAGAGGCUGCCCUUCGAACCCUGAACCGAAGCGGACAUAGA